AGUAGUCAGACAGCACAGGAGUGACAGACAUAAACACAUAAACACACAUACAGUACCACACACACUUACAUACGCUUGGAGGAAUAUGGACCGGACACAUUGACACUGAUUUUACUUCACCGAGCCAGCUGAGUGUCUGAAAUCUUCAGGGAAGACUGGGAUUAUCACUUAUGUUUCAUGAGUUCUGCUCUCAUCAAUAGGAAUACUCUAAUUCUCUAAUCUUCAGUCGAAGCUUUUUUUCUGAAGAAGGAGAGAUUUUUGAAAAGAAGAAAUAAUUCCUGUGUGAUCUCAUUGAACAGAUCUUUUGGGAUUUAAAGCUAAUUGAGAGAACUGGAUCAGAGAGAGAUGCACCGGGAUAAGGCAGGUAUCUUGGGUGGGCCAGGACCCCUCCUGUCACCCUGAGAAGACCAGGGCACCGGUCGGUCCACAGAGGGGCAUCGGGGCAUGAGACAGGGGCUCAGGGGGUACUCAAACGCAAGGUGGUGGUCAUGAGAACUACAAACAUGACCAGUUUGGUUGGAGUGGUCAUAUUGCUUGUGAGCUACAUCCUGGUGCCAGCAACGGCUCUGAUCGACUCUGAUGAUGUCAUCACCAAGAAUGAGCAGAUCUACCUUCUGAUUGGUGCUAGGGCCAAGUGUGAGAGGAGCAUUCGUGCCCAGAUCAGCUCGGUGAAGGAGAAUGAGUGUGUACCUGAGUGGGAUGGCAUCAUCUGCUGGCCUCGAGGACAGCCUGGCCAGCUGGUGUCUGUCUUAUGUCCAGCGUACAUCUAUGACUUCAACCACAGAGGUCAUGCAUAUCGGCAGUGUGACACACUGGGGAAGUGGGAGCAGGUGGCCAGCAUCAACCGCACCUGGGCAAACUACACUGAGUGCACCACAUACCUGCUUGCCAAUCCUGGCAACCAGGAGGAGGCGGUGUUUGAGCGUCUGCACCUCAUGUACACGAUUGGCUACUCCAUCUCUCUGAUCUCUCUCCUGGUCGCUCUCCUCAUUCUGUGCUACUUCAAACGCCUUCACUGCACGCGGAACUACAUCCACAUCCACCUCUUCACGUCGUUUGUCUGCCGAGCGAUCAGCAUCUUCGUCAAGGACGCCGUCCUCUACACUGUAUCAGAUGAAGCCAAGUCUGAGGAGGACGCAGUGGGACAGAGGCCUCACAUGGUUGGCUGUAAGGUGGCUGUGACACUGUUCCUGUACUUCCUGGCCACCAAUCACUACUGGAUCCUGGUGGAGGGUCUCUACCUGCACAGUCUCAUCUUCAUGGCCUUCCUAUCAGACAAGAGCUACUUAUGGGCUCUCACCAUCAUCGGCUGGGGUGUUCCUGCUGUCUUUGUAUCCAUAUGGGUCAGUGCUCGAGCAUCUUUAGCAGAUACACAGUGCUGGGAUAUCAGUGCAGGCAACCUGAAGUGGAUCUAUCAGGUGCCCAUUCUGGCCGCCAUUGUUGUGAACUUCUUCCUGUUCCUCAACAUCAUCAGGGUGCUGGCCUCUAAGCUGUGGGAGACGAACACGGGCAAACUGGACCCCCGACAACAGUACAAGAAGCUGCUGAAGUCAACACUAGUGCUGAUGCCGCUGUUCGGGGUGCACUACAUGGUGUUCAUGGCGCUGCCCUAUACGGAGGUGACGGGGGUGCUGUGGCAGGUGCAGAUGCACUACGAGAUGUUCUUCAACUCCUCACAGGGCUUCUUUGUGGCAUUCAUCUACUGCUUCUGCAAUGGCGAGGUGCAGGCGGAGGUGAAGAAGGCAUGGUUAAGGCGAAGCCUGGCGUUGGACCUGAAGCAGAAAGCUCGUGUCACCAGCAGUGGAGGUGGUGGGAGCUGCUACUACGGCGGCAUGAUGUCCCACGCCACCACCCAGAGCGUCUGCCUCAGCGUGAGUGGGACCAAGGGCCUCCCGCUGAUGGGUGGGUCUGGCGUCGGGGGUAAAGGUCAACCCCGCCUCCCCUCCCUCCACCAUACCCUCACCAACCUUCCCGGUUAUGUGCCCAGCGACACGGAGAUGCCCAUGGUUCCCACGGUGACGCAGCAGGAGCUAGUGCUGAGGCGGGCGGUCCAGGUGGGUAUCCUGGCGCCCCCUAGUGUUGGCAAGGAGGAGGGUCAGAGGUCACGCGAGCCAGAGAGAAAGGUGGAGGGAGAGCCUGAACCCUUCCUCCUGGCGGAAGAGGACCGGUCAAGCUCGGUCUCGAUCAAGGAGCUGGAGACCAUUCUGUGACUGAAAUGGACAAGGAAAGAUGAGUGCCUGAAGAGUGUGUGUAGCCAUGGAAACAACCCCACCCAACUAUGUACAACUAUGUACAAAUACUUUGAUUUUGAACAGACACAGACUCCUAGGAGCCUCAUCACACAAAACUAUGUCCAUCAUGAUGUUUCAGACUAUUUCUCUGGCCUUCACUGUAAAACCUGGCAGCCUUUAAAGAUUAAAAAAAAAUCAAAUCAAA